AUGGAGAUCAGCUACCUGGAACAGGUGCCACUAGAGCCAGAGGCUAGCAGGAAUGCCUCAGUGACCAAGGACUGGCUGAACUUAGAGCUCCAUGGGUUCAUCUUCCCAUCUCCUGUGGCCAGGAGCAGUGGGCUGGGUGCCCAGGUGCCACCUGGCUGUUGCCCUAGCAAGGCCAACGCCUUCUUGGGGACCAGCCAGCACCAGAAAUCUGAGUUGAAGCUUCCUGCCCUGAAGCUCCAGUUACUUUCACUUUCCUUUCCUCUGAAGCUGGGCUCCACUGGCCGUGGUGAGGCACUGGCUUCCUGCUCAUGUACAGCUACUCCCUGCCUCGCCGAGGGAGACAUCCCCGCUGAUCACGGGACCUGGAAAGGGGCAGGAGCAGCACCCAGGAUCUUCACCAUGACCAGGGUCUUGGAAGAGGCUCUUCACCAGCACUUCAGAUGCAAGAAGCUGGAGAUUGCCUAUGCCAUACACAAGCCAUUCCCCUUUGUUGAAAGCCUGCUAGACAAUGCCUUCAUCACUGAGAACUUCUACAGGGAAUCUCUGGAAGCCUAUAGAAAUCUGGUCCCUGUGUCCCAAGUGAUCUACAACAUUCUCGCCAAACUGGAGAAGACAUUUAACCUGUCACUUCUGAAGACGCUGUUCCGACCCCUUCACCUGUAUGAGUACCCCAAACUGAAGAGGACUUUUAAGAGCUUCCAUGAUGUUGUCAAUUCCCACGGAGGCUGGAGCAGACUCGCAGCCGUCCUCGACCUGGAUGACACAGCAGAAUGGAGCUCCCACCAGCCCAGGCUGCUGCCGCUGCCCACACCCCAGCAGCCCUCAUCGAGCCUCCCACCCCAGCCGCCCGCCGUCACUAAGCCCGAAGGAUCUAAGCCUGAAGGAUCCACACCGCACAGCACUGAGAUCCUGGGUGAACAGCCCAGCCCCGCAGCGGCCACCCCCCGACUCAUCGGGGAAGGGAGGCUCACCCCAGACAACCUCGCGUCCCAAGUAAAUGAUGGAGACUCGCCAGAGAAGCCCGGCGCCCGCCCUGACUCUGUGCAAGUGUCCAGUGACAAACCAGCCCCCCAAGGGAAAGAUGAAGAAGAUGCUCCAGAGAUGCCCAGUGCACCCUCGGGCCCUGUGCCAAUGAUAAGAGAAGAUUCUCCUGAACCAAAUGACUCAAAAGAGCCCCAGGAAGUGCCCCCCGAAACUCCCAAGAAAGGAAAGAAGAGAAAAAGAAGUACUUCGUCAAGUUCAAGAAAGAGAGACCAUAAAAAAAGCCUCCCAAGAGGGGCAGCCUCACCUGACCCUGAAAUCCAAGAGCAGCCCCAAGUGGGGGAUCAGGAAACUCCCUGGAAGGAUGACUUUGCUGGGAAGCCAUGGAGAGUGACCACGGCCCAGAAGGCGACGAGCCAGCCUGCCCCGACGUCUGGCCCAGAAGACCUCACGGAUCAUGAAAGUAAAGUGCCUUUGGGUCAAUCUCCUGGGAAAAAGCAAAAGAGGAGAAAACAGGAUAUCUGGUCAAGUCCCAAAAGGAGACCGAAAAACAGGCUCCCAGGAGGGGCAGCCUUACCUGACCACGGAAUCCAAGAGCAGCUCCGAGUUGGGGAUCAGGCAACUCCCAGGAAGGAAGACUCAGCCGGGAAGCCACAGGUGGUGACAAAGGCCCAGAAGGCCAGGAGUGAGUGUGCCCCAGAAGAUCCCGAGGAUCAUGGAAGCCAAGUGUCUUUGGGCCAGUCUCCUGCAGAAAAGAAAAAGAGGAGAAAACAGGAUAGCUGGUCAAGUCCCAAAAGGAGACCGAAAAACAGGCCCCCAGGAGGGGCAGCCUCACCUGGCCGUGGAACCCAAGGGAAGCGCCCAGUGAGGAAUCAGGCAACUCCCAGGAAGGACCACUCAGCUGGGCAGCCAGGGGUGGUGACAACGGCCCAGAAGAGGAACCUGCAUCCUCCAGAGACUGGCCCAGAAGUUCCAGGAAAAUCUGAAGAUGAAAGCGAGGACUUUAACUCUCCAAUACUUCCCGUGAUCUGUGGGGACGUGAAGGGGUUUUUAUACAAGGAGAAAAUGAAGCGAGGAUCCUUGGAGAAAUGCAUUCAAAAUGAGACGGGAGUGUGGUUCACGCCACACGAAUUUGAAAUUGAAGGAAAACGGGCGAAUUCAAAGAAAUGGAAGCGGAGUGUUCGAUGCCGAGGACAGACCCUAGAACAGCUGCUGGAGAAAGGACUUUUGCAUUGUCCUCCAAGAAUAAGUCUCAAGAGAGGUAAAUAGCAGGUGAAUUUCUCAGUUGCCACGUUACAGACUUCCCUUGGCCAAAGUCUCUCCGAGUCCUCGAGUUUCCCAGGCCUGAGUUUCCGUCCCAUGGAGGCAUGCGUCUCCAUAAUGACUGGGUUAGCACACCGGCACGUGUGCACACGCAUGACUUUUGUAGCUUAUUGAUGAUGGGAAGCAAAUAACUCUUUAAAGUGUAGGGCAAGCUGGGCCUCCCCGGUGGCACAGCGGUUGAGCGCUGGGCUGCAAAGCUGCCCGCAGCCUCUGCAGCGCCGGUUCAAUCCCCGGUCACCCGUGAGGGUGCACAGACCUCUCCUGCCACGCCCGCUGCUCCCCUCAGCAGUGUAUUUCAUCAGUCUGCCUGUUCUGCUCCCCGCUCUGGCUCUGGUGAAUUCUCUCACCCUCCCGCACUUCUGACUGUACCCAGUGCUUGUAUAAAUAAAUAAAUAAAUCUUUAAAAAAAAAAAGUGUAAGGCAAGCACUAAUAUGUAUACAUGUUUUAGAGAGAGAUCUGGAUAUUUGGAUGGUUACAAACGAAAGGUGUCAGAAAUAAAGUGUUCCAGUUUAAAAAGCAAUUAUGGUAUUGAAAUAAGCAAGAACAGCCUGGGAAAGGCCAAGAAGGCCAGCCUACACCCUCAGUGCUUCUCAGUUCGACACAUGUACACCGGUAGCGCCGGGACGGAACGAUGCAUUUCAGCUGAGCCUUGUAUCGGCCAAGCCUCGCUCCAUCUAUAGGCUGCCCCAGACGCAACUCUCCACCUUCUUGUUUAAAUAUCUCCUCCAGACGCAGCCCCUGCAGGAGCUCCCCACUCCAUCAUGACGUCCAGGGGUGGCAAGGGGGCACUGGAGCUGGCCUGCCCUCUGCGCAUUCACUCAAAGGUUAUAAGACAGUGAUACCCCCUGUGCCAGUUUACUGUGUAAAUGGUCUUUUCCAUGCUAAUUUGUACACCUUGACAUGUACAGGGGUGCUCCUUAUAGUAGAAAGUAUGAGGGAAGAACGUAAAUGUGAAUCCGUCAUGGAUUCACAGCUAUGGACUCAUCAUUUACUCCAUAGAAAACCACCAAAGGGUUUUAAGGUCAGGAAACUUCUGGAAGCUUAAAUUGGUGGUGAUGUGGAGAGGGGAAGCUCAGUUUUGUUUCUGGAGUAUGUAUUUGUAUGAGUAAAAAAAUAUCUGAAGGAAUUGGUUAUUCUGGGAUGGGACGACAAGGGGCUUUUCUCUUCUGUGUAUCUUCUUUGUGUGCAGUUGGGGUUUUUAUCAUCACCGUUUAUUACUUCUGUAACCAGAUAAAAAUAAAGAUCUUUAAAAU